CGGGCCGGCCCCUCCCGCCCGGGCCGGUGAAAGCUCCGGGCAGGGGCGCCUCUGGUCGGCCAAGGUCGUCGAGAAAGGAUAGCCACGGAACCCUGGACCCCAGGAACACGCGUCACAGUGACCUGAGUAAAUGGAUUGCAGCGAUUUGCGAGUCUCUAAGCAGUUAAAAAAUGGAACGAAAAGAAACCACUGUGCCCCAGCCCCAAGAAAGGGAAGAGAAAAUAACUGGUAAAAAGGCCGCUGUAGCCAUGGCUAGUUCUGAUGCAAAACCAAAAUCAAUAAGUCGUGCCAAAAAAUGGUCAGAAGAGAUAGAAAAUCUGUACCGAUUUCAACAAGCAGGAUACCGGGAUGAAAUUGAAUACAAACAAGUGAAGCAAGUUUCUGUGGUGGACCGCUGGCCAGAGACGGGGUAUGUGAAGAAACUCCAGAGAAGGGACAACACCUUCUACUACUACAACAAGCAGAGGGAGUGUGAAGACAAGGAAGUCCACAAAGUGAAAAUUUAUGCUUAUUAGCCUUCAUUCUGUUGUAGAGCAAAACAGUCUCUACCUCUGUUGCAAGAAAUUAAAGUGAUUUAGUGAAGCCAGUAU